AACCUUCGCCUCAAUCUCCUUCGUUGAGUCGUCUUCGGAUUUUCCUCUCCAAAGUGUCUGAAAAAUCGCAGAUUCGCCGAGUUUUGGCUCCCUGCCGUCCGUGAUAUUCGGCCUUUCGUUGAGUUACUCGCUCUGUUACUGAGUCGACUCGGAUUUAGCUUAUUAGAUGGUUCAGAUAAUGAACUCGGGGAUGGACUCGGACCCCAAGUACCAGAAAAGGGUGGGCGUGAAGGAGGAGGUUGAGGACUCCUUGGAGGAACAGCUCGGCCCGCUUCACAAGCGAUCCAAACUCGACCCGUCUCUACAGCAAUGGAAUUCAGGACCUGACGGCUUAGCUAUCCCGCCGUCUAUGUGCAAUCCCCUAGAUGAGCCAAGCCCACUUGGGUUGCGUCUCCGAAAGAGCCCGUCCCUUUUGGAUUUGAUUCAAAUGAGGCUUUCUCAAGAAAAUGCUUCCAAAUUGGCGACCCUAUGCAAAAAAGAUCCGAAGGGUGCCUGUGAUAAGCUCAAAGCUUCGAAUUUUCCAGGAGCCGUCCUAAAAAUUGGGACGUGGGAGUAUAAGUCGAGGUAUGAAGGAGACUUGGUGGCAAAAUGUUACUUUAUGAAGCAUAAGCUUGUGUGGGAAGUUCUUGAUGGCAGUCUUAAGAAUAAGAUUGAAAUUCAGUGGUCAGAUAUUGUUGCUAUCAAAGCAAACUAUCCAGAUGAUGAACCAGGGACUUUGGAUGUUGUGCUGGCUAGACGACCCCUUUUCUUUAGGGAAACAAAUCCACAACCUAGGAAGCAUACCUUAUGGCAGGCAACAGCAGAUUUUACAGGUGGACAAGCUAGCAUAAAUAGGCGACAUUUUCUGCAGUGCCCACAAGGCACGAUGGGCAAGCACUUCGAAAAGCUUAUGCAAUGUGAUCCUCGACUCAACUUUUUAAGUCAACAACCAGAAAUUGUGUUAGAGUGUCCAUACUUUGAACCAAAAGUAGCUGCGUUUGAGUAUCCAAAUGAAUCCGGCCAUGCGUUCGAUUUACAGAGUGAAGAGAGAUCUGCUUUCCUUGGUUUGGGGGAUGUGGCAUCACCUUCUGGAGCUCAAUCAUCUUCUUCAAAAAGUGAACAAGAUUUCAUUGGUAGAGCCCCUGAAAAUUUUUCCCAGGAAACUUCUUCAUCCAGUUCAGUGAUGGAGACUCAUGCAAUUGAAGAAAUUAGGAGCAUUGGAGGCAAGAGUUCGAAGUUGCUUGGCCAUUUGGAUCAAAUUAAAGUGCCUGGAUUUCACCCAUCGAUGUCUAUGAGUGAUCUAGUGAACCACAUUGAACAUUGCAUUGCAGAACAGGUGACAUCAGAUAAUUCCAUCUUUUCUGGCAACAAACAACAUAGAAGAGACAUUCUGGAGAUUACCCAAUAUUUGCUUAGCGAUUCCCAAUCAACAUCAACGUUUGAUGAGCAGUCACUCAUGUCAAGGGUCGAUUCGCUUUGCUGCCUUAUACAGAAAGAUCCUUCAAUUGCACAAAACUUGCCAGCCAAACGAGAUGAUGGUGUUGAUGAAAAUGGCGAUCAGGAAAUAGAUGAAGCUGUGGCUGCAGCAGCACUUGAAAGUAAGCCUGCAGAGAAAUUUCCUGCAUCUGAAGGUGAGUCCACCGAUAUUUCUGGCUGCAAACAGGCACUGGCCAUGACAAGGAAGGACUCGUUUGCUGAUCUUCUUAUCAACCUUCCAAGGAUAGCAUCUCUCCCACAGUUUUUGUUCAGCUUGCCAGAAGAUUCUGACAAUCAAGCUAGAUAGUGACCCUCAACUAGUCUUCUUAUGAGAAGCAUGAAACUUUAGGAUGUUCCGUCCUCUGUGAAUAUCGGUGAAGCUAUGUUCAUAUGGUGACGCUGGUGUUGGGUAGUAUAUUCAACUAUAGCACAUUUUAUGUAAUACCUUGUGCAUAUAUGUUAGUGAAUCCUUUGUAUCUGUUUUUGUACAAUACAGAUGUUUCAUUUUUCGCAUUAUA